GCUUUUACCCUUCUGAAGUGUUCUGAAGACUGGUAAACAUUUGAGGACUUCUCCAUUAGACAUACAGCUUCAUUUCCUGGGUCAACCUCAUAACAUUCAAAAAUGCCUUCCAGAAGUAGCUGCCCUGAAAACAUACCCCAGACACAGACGAACAAAUACAACGAGGAUCUCACCAUCCAGGGUGUCAAAACCAUGAAGAGGGGAAAUAAAAAGAACCAUUAUGGCUUUGACACCAGUUCUGUCCUCAGAAGUCCCAAAUCAGAUACAACACAGAAUGGAAGUUCUCCCAAAGAGGCUAAUCUAUCAAGAGACGACUUGCUAUUCCUCCUUAGCAUUCUGGAGGGGGAAGUGCAGGCUCGAGAUGAAGUCAUAGGCAUUUUAAAAGCUGAAAAAAUGGACUUGGCUUUGCUGGAAGCUCAGUAUGGGUUUGUCACUCCAAAAAAGGUAUUAGAGGCUCUCCAACGAGAUGCUAUUCAAGCAAAGGUUGCUCCGUGGCAGGAGGACAUCUAUGAGAAGCCAAUCAAUGAGUUGGACAAGGUUGUUGAAAAACAGAAAGCGUCUUACAAACGAAUGCUGGAACAGCUUUUGAUGGUUGGAAAAGCUCACAGACAAACAAUAUUGGAGUUAGAGGAAGAAAAAAGAAAACACACAGAAUAUGUGGAGAAGAGUGAUGAAUUCAUAAAUUUGAUGGAAAAGGAGCAGGAAAGAUUUAAAAAGCUAAUAGACCAAGAAACAGACUACCACAAACAAAGAGAACAAGAGAACAAGAAGAAGGUCUCCGCACUCAAGGAGGAGCUGACCAAACUGAAAUCAUUUGCUUUGAUGGUUGUGGAUGAACAACAGAGGCUCACUGAACAGCUCAACCUACAGAGUCAGAAAAUCCAAGACUUGACCACGACUGCUGAGCAAGCACACGAGAAACUGGCCGUUGCUGAAGCCAAAGUUCAGGAAGAAGAGCACAAGGCAAGCAGGCUAGAAAGAGAACUGCAAAGACAAACCGAGGAGCUCCACAAGGGCCAGGAAGCAAUAAUGGCCAAACUCACCAAUGAGGACAGCCAAAAUCGGCAGCUCCGGCUAAAACUAGCAGCACUCAGCCGCCAAAUUGAUGAGCUGGAGGAGACAAAUAGGUCUUUACGAAAAGCAGAAGAAGAAUUACAAGAAAUAAGAGAAAAGAUCAACAAGGGAGAAGGUGGUAAUUCCAGCAUCCUGGCAGAAGUGGAAGAACUCAGGAAAAGAGUACUAGAAAUGGAAGGCAAAGAUGAAGAGCUCAUAAAAAUGGAAGAGCAGUGCCGAGAUCUCCACCAAAGGCUGGAAAAGGAGACAUCCCAGAGUAAGGACUUUAAACUGGAGGUUGACAAACUCAACAAGAGGAUUAUGGAUUUGGAAAAACUGGAAGAUGCCUUCAGCAAAAGCAAGCUGGAGUGUCACGCUCUGAAAUGCAAUCUAGAAAAAGAAAAGAUGACAACAAAGCAAUUGUCUCAAGAACUAGAUGGUUUAAAAGUGAGACUCAAAGAGUUGGAAACCAUUGAGAAUAAGCUGGAGAAGACAGAAUUCACCCUAAAAGAGGAUUUAACUAAACUGAAAACACUGACAGUGAUGCUGGUUGAUGAACGGAAAACGAUGAGUGAAAAAAUGAAGCAGACGGAAGAUAAGCUACAAGCUGUUACAUCUCAGCUUCAAGCAGAACAAAGUAAAGUGACAUUGGUAACUGAAAAGUUAAUUGAGGAAAGCAAAAGAGCGCUAAAGUCCAAAACGGAUGUGGAGGAAAAGGUAUAUAAUGUGACCAAAGAGAGGGAUGAACUGAAAAUCAAGCUUAAAGCAGAAGAAGAGAAAGGAAAUGAUCUCUUGUCAAAAGUUAACAUUCUGAAAAAGAGACUCCAAUCAUUAGAAGCUAUUGAGAAAGAUUUUCUCAAAAACAAAUCAAAACAAGAGACUGGUAAGUCGACAAUAGCUGUACACCAAGAAAACAAUAAGAUUAAAGAGCUUUCCCAAGAGGUGGAGAGGCUGAAGCAUAAAUUAAAAGACAUGAAAGCUAUUGAAGACGAUCUCAUGAAAACAGAAGAUGAAUAUGAGUCUCUUGAGAGACGCUAUGCUAAUGAAAGAGACAAGGCUAAAUUUCUAUCGGAGGAGCUUGAGGAUGUUAAAAUGGAACUUGCUAGGUACAAGUUAGCAGAAAAGACAGAGUCCAGUCAGGAACAGUGGCUUUUCAAAAGGCUUAAAGAGGAAGAAGCCAAGUCUGGCCACCUCUCAAGGGAGGUAGAUGCAUUAAAGGAGAAAAUUCAUGAAUAUAUGGCAACUGAAGACUUAAUAUGUCACUUACAGGGUGACCAUACAAUUCUACAAAAGAAACUCAAUCAACAAGAAAACCGAAACAGGGACUUAGGAAGAGAGAUUGAAAACCUCACUAAAGAAUUAGAAAGGUAUCGGCAUUUCAGUAAGAGUCUCCGACCCAGUCUUAAUGGAAGAAGAUUUUCUGACCUUCAAGUAUUUUCUAAAGAAGUCCAAACUGAACCAGCAGACAAUGAACCUCCUGAUUACAAAAGUCUCAUUCCUUUGGAACGAGCUGUAAUUAAUGGGCAGUUAUAUGAGGAAAGCGAUAAUGAGGAUGAAGAACCCAAUGAUAAUGAGCCAACAGUGUCCUUCAAAUGUAACUCAUCUACUGCACAUCCGGUCAACAGGAAGUUAUGGAUCCCCUGGAUGAAAUCCAAGGAAGGUCAUCCUCAGAAUGGAAAAAUACCAGCCAAGCAGAAUGGAAGUUAUGUGCAACCUGGGGAUUUGGUCCUAAGUCACACACCUGGUCAACCUCUUCACAUAAAGGUUACUCCAGACCAUGGGCAAAAUACAGCCACUCUUGAAAUCACAAGUCCUACUACAGAAAGUCCUCACUCUUAUACAAGCACUGCAGUGAUACCCAAUUGUGGUACUCCAAAGCAAAGAAUAACCAUUAUUCAAAAUGCCUCCAUAACACCAGUAAAGUCAAAAACCUCUACUGACAGCCCCAUAAACUCAGAGCAAGGCACAUCCCCUAUUACCAUGGCUACCUUUGCCAGAGCACCAACCCCAGAAUCCUGUGGCUCUAUAACUCCCGAAAGGACAAUGUCUCCCAUUCAUGUUUUGGCUGUAACUGGUUCAGCGAGCUCCCCAGAACAGGGACGGUCCCCAGAGCCGGUGGAGAUAGGUGCCAAGCACACUGUCUUCAGAGUUUCCCCAGAGAGACAGUCAGCGUGGCAGUUUCAAAGGUCAAACAGCAAUGGUUCAAGUGUGAUAACUACUGAGGAUAACAAAAUCCACAUUCACUUAGGAAGCCCUUACAUGCAAGCUGUGGCCAGUCCUGUGAGGCCUGCCAGUCCUUCAACUCUGCCACAAGAUAACCGAACUCCGGCCCUAAUUAAUGGAACAGCAGGCAAAGCGACAAAUAAAGUCACCAGCAGUAUUACUAUCACACCAACGGCCACUCCCCUCCCUCGACAAUCACAAAUUACAGUAAGUAAUAUAUAUAACUGACCCCUCAUCAUCAUCAUCCACACUGACAUUCUUAUAAGGAACUUACCCCCCUCCCCUUUCUUCUUACCUCUCUCCAAAUUAAAAAAAAACAACAACUGAACUUUUACUUUGGGAGAGAUUUGUGCAUGAACUGUACAAGAAUAUAUAAAACUAACUAAGUUUUGCCUGCAUAGUCAUAUCAAGUGUGCACUUACUGUAUAUCGUUUGUUUUUUGUUUUUUCCAUUUACCUACCUGUAUGGAAAAUAUUUAGUCUGCACUUGUAUAAAUGCAUCUUUAUGUAUUUCAUUUUCCAUAACUCACAUUAAUUUUGACUGCAAUUUGUCUUGGUGAAAUAUUUUAACAUUAUAAAACAGUAAAUAAUUUGUUAUUUUUACCAUU